CGCUCUCUCUGCGGCGCCGCGGAGACUACUCGGCUGGUGGCUGGCUGCGGCUGCGAACCAGUCUUGCUGCCGCUGGGUUUCUUCUGCUAGGCGGCUAUCGAGCGGCGGGGAAGCCGGUCUCCAUCGACGUCCUUCUCUCGGUGGCGGCGUCGGCCCCGGGCUUCUCUCUGUCUCCCCGUGCCUCUGUGUGUGUGCGUCUGUGUGUGCGCUUGUGUCCGUGCGCGCCGACGCUUCGUGACAUUCCAUUCGCGUCUCUGUUGCCGCCGGCGACGCGCGGUUUCCUCGGGUGAACCUCGGGCUCCCCCGAUCGCCGCCGCAAGGGAAGCCUCUGAGCGUCGAGUCUCCUUCGUUUCGUGCUGCUUCGUUUAGGGGCGAAGGGUGCGCGCGUGCCAAAACGAAGGAGCCGGCGCGAGUGCUAGUGGGGCGAGAGUACCCAACGCCGGCAUCCUCUUCGUCGACGCGCCGUCACUGCUCCCCCUGGGCCCUCCUUGCACCUCAGCCGGCCUUCUACUCUACCUCUUUCACCGGCGUCGUCGAACCCAAGCGAGGCGCUGAUAAGCGAGCGACCACCGGUGCCACCACAUUUUCCCUCGUCGCUGUUGCUACUUUCCGCAUAUCCAAAUGGAUGCCGCCACGACACUCGCCCAAAACAGCAUUGCUGAACAACCAUGCUUGCUGACUGAAAAGGGCAGCACACCAGUUGUCACGCCGGGCGCAUGAUUUCACGGACCUUGCUGUAGCAGCAUUUGUAACCAACCGAGGGGACGUGCACACCGCUCUGUCAUGGACGGGAGGCAAUGGCGGCACCUGGCGAGUGGUGCCAGGCUUCUGCUCCUGCUGUGCGUGUUUCCAGGUGCCCACACGUCGCUCUGCAAGUCGGUGUUCUCUCCGAUUUCUGGAGACAUGCCCAAGGACUUCAGCCUGAAAGUGGGCGACCCUCUGGUGCUCAACUGCACCCUCCAGACUCCAGAGUUCAGCAUCUCGAGCAGGCGGUACUUGGUGAAUGGCAGCCACCUGGAGAUAAAGUUCAACGACACCAAGGUGCCUAGCGAGCUGCUGUCGGUGGGCGACAUGUGGGUGGCGUUGCGGAAGGAGCACUCGGAGUAUUCGGACACGGGCAACUACAACUGCAACAUCCGCGUGGCCACUGACAAGGUUUUCCACGUCUGCGCCACGCAGGUCACCAUAGGAGAGCCCCCACUUCCCGUUGAAAACUUCCGGUGCAUCAGUUAUUACUACAAAAACCUUACCUGCUACUGGGAGCCACCACCGAACAGUGUCAAGACUGAAUACAAGCUGGGAGAGAUGUUUGCGUACACGCGGAUGCACAAGGGCUUUUAUCGGUUGUGCCCAGAGGCAGGACACUCUGGAAAUGGCUCUUGGUGCGCGUGGACUGUGGGGUCCAAUCCGGCGCUUCGCAAGGAGACCACUAUUUUUCGCUUGAUUAUGAAUGGGACAAAUGCUCUCGGUGUGAGAAAUUUCACCUACACUAUAGAGCAUCUAAAAAUAGUGAAAAUUUCCGAGCCAACUGAAUUCAAGUGCAGCGCGGUGUCCAAGCGGAGUAUCACACUUAGCUGGAACGCUAGCAUCGAGCAGAGAGAGAAUCCGAAGCUGCUUGUCAUCUACGAGAUCCACUACCAGUCUCAAUACGAGUCCGACUGGAAGACUGUGGAGGUGUUCAACAAGACGUCGCACAUGAUACAAAACCUGCACCCAUUCACUGAGUACACCUUUCGGCUCCGGGGAAGGGCAUCUAAGGCAGUGCAGGACGAGUUCUGGACCAAUGACGUUUUGCUCUCUCAGACGACAUUGAAGGACGUGCCUGAAGCACCACCUCGAAUAUCGAGGAGCGGCUUCAAGGUGCAGAAUUAUCAGAACAGGCGGACCGUCAUGCUUAACUUUGCGGCACUCCCCAAGAAGAAGUGGGGCGGGGCCACUCUCCAGUACUUCAUCAAGUGCUGUGAGGACGUGCCAGAAGAAAGCUGCGAGAACAAGACAGUGGAGAUGCCCACCGUCAUGUUCGACGGCCUGUUCCGCAACUCGCGCUACAACAUUCAGCUGUGGUCGCUGAACGAGAUCGGGUUUUCUCGUGUUCACUCCAGCCUCCAGGUGGACAAGUAUGACGAAUUGAUGAAUGCACCUCAGGACAUAAAGGUUGUCGCCCAUGGCUCUGGGAGUUACGUGGUUUCGUGGCGUGCACCGUCUGCUCGAGUGCCCAUCCUGACCUCCUCGACUUCUUCAUCGGCUGAGGAAGAGCACGCAGAUAGCUUGGAGCCACUAGGACCCGUGAGCUACACGGUGUUCUGGUGCCCGCGGAUGUUGCCGCGCUCUUACAGCUGCAACGAAUCUCUCGAGUGGCGGAAGACGGAACUCAACACGUCCUCCAUAGUGCUCAACCUCGACCCAGGCAAUGUGUACCAGUUUGCAGUCGCGGCACAGACCGUCGACAAGGCCUCGGAGAUGCACUGGACGACAUGUGUCAUUCCAGUGUACAAAGAGCUUGAGAAGAUCACGCAAGUGACAUUGGAGAAAGACAGUGCCCAUUCACUGCUUAUGCACUGGCAACUUGAGUGCAGUGCACUCAAGUCGUACGUGAACAGCUACCAGAUUGAAGCUUGUGCAGUGUUGCCACGGUACCAAAAGAUGGCGCUACAAGACUCCGCUGGGUGUCUGUACAGCAAAUACGAUUCCAAGACCUGCAGAGUUUACAACAUUACGGACCGAGAUGAUGAAGAGCAAGUCCUGAAAGGACUGUCUGCCAACACAGUCUACAGAGCCGUCGUAAGGGCCUCAUCUAAUGGGAAGCUCACCGACGACAGCCCAGCGCAAUGUGCCAAGACCGAAGGCUCUGGGGCGGACAUUCCUCUUGUGGUGGGAUGUGCUGUAGGUGGAGCUGUUGGCCUGACCGUCCUCGUCUUUGUGCUCUACCUGCUAGCACGAUGGAUGAAGAAGAAAGUUGACAUGAUUAAAGAGAUCAAGAUUCAGCUUCCUGAUGGCCUGGAUUCUUCGGAAGCAAACCAGAUGCACAGCUACAAGAACAGCAAGAAUGGUUCUGCCGGGAAGACAAGCGAAAGCAACCGGAGUCCGCACAUUGCCUAUGGCCGGAUGGGCUGCUUUUCUGCCGCUGACAACGCUGGUCCUAAGAAACGUCAUGACUCGGGGCGUUCUCAGGGCAGCAGCUCUUCAACUGAAGAGUUGCUGUACAAAAAGACUCGGCGUGCAGACACCUUUGGCCGCAACCCCAGUGGUGACAGCAGCGGUGGCAGCACUAACGGCCAGGACAGCGUCGUGUCCGCCAGCACGGCGCGCACGGGUGCCACCUCGUCAUGCGACUCCGGUGCCGAGAGUGACCCGGCAGCACCUCCCUCCCCCGACUGUCUCCUUCUUGGUGGAAACCACACUCCGCUCGCGCGGUGCCGGCCCAAUCUUCCCAAGCUCGAUGAAGACAGGGUUCGCGAGAGCCAGGAUUCUGGACUCGACACUGAAGUGACACCUCCCAUUGUGAUUCCAUCUUCGGACUCGUCACAGCCAUCCUACAGCAAACUUGGGGCGACCCCGGAUACGCAGGCACCAUUACUGCAGAGUCAGGCUCUGGCUACAAGUGAGCCAUCGCUGUUCGAGGGACCUGAGAAUGUUCCAGAACCCGUGGAACCCCUCCCGCCAUAUAGCAAGUUUGGGUUGGCAAGAAGCAGCGAGGAUGUGUCGGUGGCACCUUACACUGCAUGUAGGUCCUCUCCCAACACCAGGAGGCAAGAUGGGCCACCAGCACUUCCCUACUCCCAGCUCGCACUUCGCCAACAACCGGGUCACGUGUUUCCCAGCACGGACGUCACUGUCGGACUGGCUCUGGAGCAGCCAAGAUUGCUGCCAAACCUGAAGAGCACGCCUUUGCCAUUCUUUCCGAAGCCACCACCCAGCGGAUACGUCACUGUGGGGCAAGCCAUGAAGACCCAGCCGACCGCGGUCGAGCCACAGUCGGGACAAGGAUACUCCAAGUUCAGCAUCCAGCCUCCGAAACCAUUGACCAGGCCAGAUACGUCGGGAUAUGUGCCACUUCAGGAUGUAGUUGGGGUCCACCAGGCUGCACCGCCCACAACGACAGUGCCUGCUGAAGAGUCCAUUCCCCACGAAAACUUCCGCGACAUUGACUCUUCGUCUGACGACAUGGCCAUUGUUGGGGACGACAACAGUAACAACGCUUCACUCGAGGACUUUUCGUUUUCAAGUGCCUCUGGGCCCGGUGCUGAUGAACUUGUGGAAGCUCAUCAGUCACCACAGCGCACAGCGGGACAGACACCUGGAUAUGUAGCUGCCACUGUUGUGCCCGCGACAAAGCCACCUCCGCUCGACCUGACAAGUGAGCCACGGAUUGCAUCCAACGGAUAUGUUCCUCUGCCUUCAGUGUCUCCAGGUGAAACUCAAGGAGCAGCCGGGGACUAUGUGACGCAUGUGGCUGCUUUCGACUGGGGGCGUUCUGCACCCGGAGACAGCGAGGUAGAUGUGGAUGACAGUGCACUACCUCCGCCAACAUCGGCAGCAAAGACAAACGGUUACGUUAUGCUGCCCACUACAGUAGAUGCCGUCAAUUCAAGGACUUCGGCGGUCAGCUUUGUACCAGGUGUCAAACCUGAGUCAUCCUCUCAGGUGGACUGCUCGGUGUGAUUCGUGUGAAGGCCUUUAGGAAGGCCUGAAGUUUUGGAUGCUGAUUUAGGGCUGCUGCUGGCAGCUUGCAGAUCUUGCGGCUGCUGUGUGCGAAGGUGUUUCUCGUUACGCUGUCGCGGCCGCCGCCACCAGAAGGUCCUGGGGGCGUGCCGGUAACUUGCCUUGUUGGAUUGUCUUUGCCUCUCUCUCUCUGGUUUUUACACCUGUCAUAUAUCGUCCGCCCUCUGUGACAGCCUGGUAACCCUCUCAGGGGAAACGUAUGGGGUGGUUCUUUAUAUCUGACACUCUAGUCAUGAGCGGGAGUGCUUUUUAACGUUGCAAGCUCGCCUCUCAGGACAGCAAUGACAUUUAAGCACAGUUUUGAGCUGUGGUGGGGAAGAGACGCGAAGCAUUUUCGUUAAAUAUUAUAGCUAUUCAGGGACAAGGAUGUUUUGACGACAUGGAAGGAAGGAAAAUCGCUUCGAGGGCUCGUGUCAGCUCAUUGUCAUAGUCAUUCACCAUCACAACCAGCCUGGUGAGCUCACCUCAUGCAUGUGCGAGAAGGGAAAAAAGGCGGCUUAUGUUGGCCUUUUCGUUCAGAAGUGUGCAUCACAGUUUUGUCUACCAAUCUGCCGUGCGCAAUUUUUGCAUUUCUGGAGGCAAUCCAGUUGUUGCCGAAGUGUGUCUCCAGGCCUGCAUACUGCAGUGGACAAAGUUUGUUUGAAUGCAGAAAGUGUUGCUUAGGUCAUUGUUUGUGUUGGGGCAAAGAAAAAAUGAAACUUGGUAGUCACUCUUAUGACUUGCCUAGUAGAGGAGAGCUCUUUAGUUGUGCCAAACACAAGGAUAGCCUGUGUCCCCUUUUUUUACGUUUUGCUGAGCUUGUACAUUUUUUUUUUCAUGCUCUACAUUUAAUGUCACAAGCUAUGGCGACAUUUUAGGUUUGUACAAAAGUUUCUUUCCUUCUUGAACUUUUCAAAAGAAGUGUACAGGCGUGGAGCUCGUGAAACUUGUCUAUUAUGUUCUCCCUUCUUUGGCGUGGUUUAAAUUCUUUGCAGUGUUCAUUGUUAUUGUGCAAUAUGUUUUGCUACAGUGCGUUGCCCAGAAAACCUCUCAAGCUGUACAGUGGAGCACCCAUGGAUUUUGAAGAAAAUGUUUGCAUUCUUGCGGGUGAAUGCCCCGCUUUUUUUUAUGUGAACUUGGAAAAUGUCAUGAUGGUUAGAGUGUGGCAUCAUUCAGAAGUUGGAAGACUUCUCUGCGAGUUUCUAAGGGUUACCUCAUACCACAGAGUUUUAAUGCAAACUUUAGUAGAAGUUUUCUGGCAUUGCAGUUAUUCAGCCGGCGUGGGUGAGAUGGUGACUCAGCUCAGUUUUAUAGGAUUUAUUCCUGACUUCAACAGCUGUGUUUUAAAAGGGCCCUGAACCACUUUUUAUCGAAGUCGAAAAACAUUUGAAGUGAAAACAGGCUAUUUCAUAAUCACUUAGCUGCAAAAAGUACUUCAAUGCGUUCAGCAGAAGCGGAGUUAUCGGCAAUCAAACACGGCCUCCGCUGUGCUCCCCUUUCUUCUUCAAUGACUUGCACUGCGAAGGCUACGGUGGAGUGGGGCAAGGCCACAACGCUCCGCCUCGGAAGCGUCACCGUGGCAUGCAGUUCAAAUUUCAUUUUGGACUUCUGAUUUUGGUGCCUACGAAGCACUAAACAUAAGCUAAACGUGGUUGUCCUCAGUGAGCCGCAAUGCGCACUGGACUCGUGGUGGCACCUCGCGGCGGCCACGGUGUAGCCGACCACAGCGACCAAUAGCAGCCGUGUAUUGGAGUGUGCUUUAUUACGAAAUAAAGCACAGAAAAGAGCGAGGAUGAUAGGGUCUUUUGAAACGAGAGUGUUUGAGAAAAAGGUGACUUCACGUUCCGCUUGCGAGCUCCACGGACCGCGUACGACAGCAGAACUUGGCUGAGAUGUUCACAACAGUGUAUGCUACCCGAGGACUAUGUUAUUUUACCAAGCCCGAAGGGUGGUUCAGGGCCCCUUUAAUGGAGAAUGAAUGUGCAAGCGCUUGACGUACUUAAGUGUCAGUGCUUUUUAAAGGCCUUAGAGCAGUCGAAGCCUUUUAGUUUAGCCUUUAUCAUAUCCCCGGUGUUGCUUUACUACCUUAAGCACAGUCGAUCAAUCAAUAAACGGUGGCUGUAAUGUAGUAAAUCAGUUAGCUAUGAACAGCACUUUUGGCCUCUUAUAGGUUUGUUUUGUUAUAAGUUAGAGAGCCUAUUCGCUUUAUCAGACACUUAGUGUGUACGUGCCACAGGAUCUGGUCAAUGCCAUAGCACGAAUGUUUGGCAUAGGUAAUUUGUCAUACUCCCUAAACAAUCUCUCGGGAUUUCCGCAGAAAUUCACACAUUGGUGGUUAGAUGGUGAGUUAAUUGCAUUAUUGCCCAAUGAAGAACAUGAGAUGAUAGUUUAUUUAGCUUCUACGUUACUACGACAACCUGCAAGAAUGUUUGUAGCUAACUCUGUUACAAGUUGUCUUGGAAGAAAUUUGGCGUAUCACACACAAGCUGGUUGAGCAGCAGUAAUUGAUGCUGCCUUGAUACUGGUGCCAGAUAUCCUUCUAGUAAUCCUUGCAUUAAAUUCUAUGCCCGAAGCAUCAUGUUGUACUCUACUCAAUAUAUCCUUUUAUUCUAAAGCAAACUGUGAACCUAGCUAGACUCGUGCAUUACUCCUUCAAAACUCCCUAGGUGUCUCACUAAAAAAAACAAGAUUACUGCCCAUAAAAUCAAUAUCGAAAAUCAACUUCUCCAUUUCUUUUGCACAGAAACAACAAUGGGGAAGACACUGCAGAUCUCGAUGUUCUGUGGUUUUAGAUUCUUUUCCAUAGAAAAAUGAAUUGUUUUCAGUGUUAUCUUUAUAUUUUUUUAUAUUCUUCUUUUGAUAUUGAACAAAGUCUGUCGUUAUUCUAAAGUUAAGUUGCAUCAGUUGAUUUUCACUAAAAUAUGUGACAUCAGUUGGAGCAGCUUCUGAAAUCUAAAAGUGAUGCCGACUCCUGUUUUUCGAAGUUGCUUCAUUUUCUAAUGUGCCAAGUACGUUUCCUUGGUAUAUAAAAAAAAAAUUACAUAGAAAACUCGCGUUUAUUUUUCCUAUAUCCUUUAUUCUUAUUGCACUUGUUAUAUAAGUUUCGGUUCGUUACGACAUCACCGAUAUUGCAGUUUACACAGUGAAUUGUGUGAACGAAUUUCGCUAAUGAGCAAUCUUUUUGCCAAAGAAAUGCAGAGUUCUGUAUAAGUAAUCUACGAGUCUGGCCUGCUUCAGUAAUUCUCUUUCUCCUGGUGUCACUUCAUAAAGGUUAUAUUAGCGCAAGUUCUCCCAAGCUGCUGUUCUCGGCAGUUAUCACAUCAAUUCUUUCUCAUAAACAUCCAUCUGUGAAUAACCCAUUUGCAUAUCUGGUGCUCGGCUCUUUAUCAGCUGUGCUGCUGAUCACUGUAGAAAGGUGCUUGAUGCUUUGUCAGCACCUGCACCGCUGUGUUGGCUAUUGGUGCUAAGUGUCGCUGACAGCAGUGGAAAGGACACUUGUCGAGUUGUGUGUUUCGUGUGCUCUAGGCAUUUGUGGUGAGGCAUUAUGUCUUGUUAUAAGAACAAUCGUGGCCUUUUACAGGCCAGAACAAUUGAAUACUAAAGCUUGGUGUGACGACGCAUUGCGUCCUCAAUAUUUUAUUGCGAGAUCAUUUGCGACGACCAAGUUGUGGCUUCUUGAAGCCUUGAAGGGCACAUGUCUCAUGUCAGGCACUGUGGGUCUGCGUCCCAACCGUGUCAGUUGUAGCGGAAUCAAAGUGCAAAAAAAAAAAUGCUUUAGAGAACAUUGAGAACAGGUUCGGUUCUUGGCAACGGUGGCAGUAUUUUGAUGUGGGUGGAAUGAUAAAACGCUCCUGUGCUUAAAUUUAGGUGCACAUCAAAAUGCUUUUGAAAUGUUGAGCCCUAUAACUUGAUUUGGAUUUCAAACGCUGCCAAUUAUUACCAUUGUUGCACUCAAUCUAUCAUUUAGCAGCGCAUGACAUGAGCCUUGUGCUUUUAAAAGUUGUGACAGCGUCUGUGUCUGUUAUCACUCAUGCUGGUUGCCAUUUGCUAUUAAGCCCGUUAAUAGCUGCCAAGCCAGCAGCUUUAUGUGUGUACAAAGCAGAAUGCCGUCGACAUUAUUAUUUGUUUUACAAUUCGGGAAUGUUGUGACAAUUUCCGUGCUGAAUGUGGGAAGUUUGCCAUUUGAUUGUGCCGGAUCACAAAAAGCAGUGCAAUCUAAACCCUGGGGGCAUGAAUGUUAUGCUUAUCCUCAGACAGAGUUAGUUCCGUAGCCAGUGCCUCCAUCUGAAGCAAAAAAGUCUUGCGCAGUCGCUCAUUACCUGGACCAAGCUUGCUUGCACUUGAUGCUGCCUCGGGAGCUUUGGACACAGGACCUGGUUGACGUCAGGACCACAUUCACGGGGCAUUUCCUUUUCCUUUUUUCUUCAGUCCGAGCAUCAACAUCGUGUUUGGGCUGCAACGACGGUAUUACCACUUGCAGGCUAGUUUUGCUGCCUACAUACUUGCAGCGAAGGGGCCACACGUCAGCUCUGCGACACCUGCGCUUGAUUGUUUUACUGCCCCGAGUGGCGGCACAUGUGUUGAAACAUCGUCAACGAAAGUACAAAACCACACGAGUCUGAGACGACGGGGGUCUUCCCUUACAGAGCUACUAUUGUUUGUUUUCACCUGUUUUCUCAACCCCACAACCAACCUUGUUUUUUUUAAUUUUUUUAUUCCUUCCCUAACCUGUCCGAUAAUGCCAGAUGAUUAACUUCUUUAUGAUGUUGGGCUUUCGUCGACAAGGGCUCGCAACCGUUUCAUGCGUCUUGUGUGUUUGUUGUGAGUGUGUGUGUGUGUGUGUAAUAUCAUGUUGUGUAUGGCAUAAUAUAACGCUGUGUCUGCCGGUAGAGACGGCUCACGGAAACGCAGAGAUAUAAAGAACCUUGCGACAGGUGCCUGGCACAUUUGCCUAGUAUUUGAGAAAAAUGAUAAUAAAAACCUGUUACAUGCGUC